GGCCAGGUCUGCGCACCCGGCUGCGAAUUUUUUUUGGUGGGGCCAGCAGCAUCCAACGACCCAACCCAGCCAACCCAGCGAUCCAACCCAGCCAACUCAACGACCCUACCCAACCCAACCUGCCAGCCAGCCAGCUCGCCAGCUAGCCACAGACACACCACACCACAUCGCACCACACUCCUUUCCUGUCUGCAGCUGCAGACACACGCAGCCAUGGAAGACAAGGCAAACAGAUCACAUCGGCCCCGGCAGGCCGGGCGUAAGGCCGAGAAAAAGAGCCGGCAUACCAAGAACCAGGCCAAGAACAACCCAAAAGCAUUCACCUUUUCAGCCCGCAAUCGUGCCCAGAAGAGCGCCCGUCGCAAUGCCGACAUUGGAGAGAAGCGCAUGCAUGUCCCGCUUGUGGACCGGACACCCAUCGAGCCGCCUCCGAUUAUUGUGGCUGUGGUCGGGCCACCUGGGUGCGGCAAGACAACCCUGAUUCGAUCGCUGGUCAAGAGAUACACCAAGCACAACCUGAACGAAAUCAAAGGCCCCAUCACCGUGAUCAGCGGCAAGAAGCGUCGGAUUACGUUCAUGGAAUGCAACAACGACCUGAACAGCAUGAUCGACAUCGGCAAGGUCGCCGAUUUGGUGCUGCUGCUCAUCGACGCCAGCUUUGGCUUUGAGAUGGAGACGUUCGAGUUUCUCAAUAUCCUGCAGAUCCACGGCUUCCCGAAGGUCAUGGGCGUCCUGACGCAUCUGGACAAGUUCAAGGACAACAAAGCGCUGCGCAAGACCAAGAAGAGACUCAAGCACCGUUUCUGGACCGAGAUCUACCAGGGUGCCAAGCUCUUCUAUCUCUCUGGCCUGAUCAACGGCAAGUACCCGAAAACUGAGGUGCUCAAUCUGUCGCGCUUCAUCUCCGUCAUGAAGUUCCGGCCGCUUGUCUGGCGAAACUCGCAUCCGUACUGCCUUGCCGACCGUGUCGAGGAUCUGACCGACCCCGAGCUGAUCGAGAGCAAUCCCAAGUGCGAUCGCACCGUCUCGCUGUACGGCUUCCUGCGCGGAACCAACCUCAAGUCCAACAUGAAAGUCCACAUCCCAGGCGCCGGCGAUUUCACGAUUGCCGACGUGAGCAUGCUCGCCGACCCGUGUCCUCUUCCCGACAAAGUCAAGCGACGGCUCGACGAUAAGCAAAAGCUCCUCUAUGCGCCGAUGGCGGAUGUUGGCGGUAUUCUUUACGACAAGGAUGCCGUGUAUAUCCAGGUGCCCGGAACAUUCACCAAAAAGGCCGAUGGCGAAGACAAUGACGAGGACCAGGGUGAAGGCGAGAAGAUGGUCAUGAACCUACAGGACACGACAGACACGCUGGCAGACAAGAUGCAGUCGAGCGAAAUGCGUAUCUUCAAAUCAUCCGCCCCCAUCAGUGCCAGUAACCUGAGGGAAGUCAUCGAGGUUGAUGCAUCAGGACGGACUCGGCGCCGCGCUGUAUCUGCCAACGACGAAGGUGCUGAUGAGGAUGGCGAUGACGAUGAUGAUGAUGAUGAUGAAGACGAUGACGAGGAUCAAAGCGACCUGGGGUCUGAGCUUGGGGAUGAAGAUGAGGAUGAGGAUGACGACGACCAAGAGGAUGACGACGAUGAAGAUGACGAGGAUGAGGACGAGGAGGUCGAAGUCAACGGCCGCGUUCGACGCCGUGUAGGCAAGCGGCUGGCCAUGAUGGGCGAAGAGUCCGCUCACCACGAUGACGUUGCAUACGCUGACAGCGACAGUGAUCUCGGCGACGAGUUUGCUCCACGACGAAAAUCCGAUCCGCUGGAUGAGAGUGAAGAUGAGAACGAGGAACGCGACGAUCAAGACGAGCUUCAAGAGGAUCUCGACGGCGGUCUGCGGUGGAAGGAGGGUCUUGCUGACAAGGCUGCCGCUGCGUUUUUGAAAAACCGAAAAAUCAGCCUGAUGGAUCUCGUCUACGGAGACUACGACGUCUUUGGCAACAGCGAUGCCAACGGCGAUGACGACGAUGCCAACGGCGACUCGGAGGAAGGAAACCUUUUCACAGUCAAAAAAGUCAAGACAAACCACACAGGUACCAUGGCCAGCGUCGACACAUCCAAGACAGAAAUCAAAACCCAGGAUUUGGAUGAAUGGGCCGAUGACGAGACGCUGAACUCCAUCAAGAUGCGAUUCAUCACGGGAACGAUUGCUGCUGCAGCCCAAGCUGCGCGUGAUGCUGCCGAUGCCAAAGAUGCCGAGGGCGACGAAGAUGAAGAAGUUUACGGAGACUUUGAGGAUCUCGAGACCGGCGAGAAGCACGAGACCGACGAGACGAGCGCCGAAGCCCCCAAGACUCUCACGCCUGAAGAUGAGGCGCGCGAGCUGGCGAUCAAGAAGGAUGAGCUGAAGAGACGAUUCGAUGCCGAGUACGAUAAUGAGUCGGACGAAGAGGAGAGCAAGAACGUCUUUGAUCGCAUGAAGGAAGAGAUGAACAAGCAGCAGGAAAUCAACCGACUGGAGUUUGAGGACGACGACCCGGUCACUCGAGCCAAGGUCGAGGGAUACCGAUCGGGCAUGUACGUCCGCAUUGUGCUUGAAAACAUGCCGAUGGAGUUUAUUCAGAACUUUGAUCCGGCGUUCCCGGUCGUCAUCGGAGGACUGCUUCCGUCGGAAGAGUCUUUUGGCUUUAUCCAAGUUCGCCUGAAGCGACACCGAUGGUACAAAAAAGUCCUCAAGAACAACGAUCCCCUCAUUUUCUCGAUGGGCUGGCGUCGAUUCCAGAGUAUUCCAGUUUUCUCGCUCAACGAAAACAACACACGCAAUCGAAUGCUCAAGUACACGCCAGAGCAUAUGCACUGUAUAGCGACGUUCUACGGGCCCGUCACACCCCCAAACACCGGUUUCUGCACAUUCCAGUCCGUCUCGGAAGUCAGCAGCUCCUUCCGCGUGAGCUCAACCGGCGUCGUUGUGGAUAUCAACCAAUCGACCGAGGUCGUCAAGAAACUCAAGCUGACGGGCACGCCCUUCAAGAUCUUCAAGAACACCGCCUUCAUCAAGGACAUGUUCACGUCUGCUCUCGAGGUGGCCAAGUUUGAGGGAGCCAAGAUCCGAACUGUCAGCGGCAUCCGUGGACAGGUCAAGAAGCACGUCGGCAAUCCAGAGGGCUGUUUCCGAGCCACGUUCGAAGACAAGAUCCUGAAGAGCGACAUCGUAUUCUUGCGGGCCUGGUAUCCUGUCAAACCCAAGCGCUUCUACACCCCUGUGACAUCGCUCCUGCUGUCGUCAAAGAGCGAGUGGACAGGUGCGAGAACAACGGGCCAGCUUCGUCGGGACCUCAACGUUGCCACACCCAAGAACACCGAUUCGUUUUAUAAGCCCAUCGAGCGAGUCGCUCGCAAGUUCAACCCGCUCAAGAUCUCCAAGAGUCUGCAGGCGGAGCUCCCGUUCGCCAGCAAACCCAAGCUCCUGGCCAAACAGAAGCGACCCGGGCUGCUGCAACGCCGAGCCGUUGUCAUGGAUGCAGACGAGAAGAAGGUGUUUACGCUGAUGCAGCAGAUCAACACCCUCCAGCACGAGAAAACCAAGAAGCGGAAAGAAAAGGCGGCGGAGAGGCGUGCCGAGCAUCAAAAGAAGCAAGCUCGGGAGGACAAGAUCGGUGAUGCCAAGCUCAAAGAGAAGAAGAAGGAGUUCUUUAGAGCCGAGGGAAAGAAGCGCGCGCGAGAGAGCCUUGCAGAGAGUGGCGGCCGCGGCAAGAAAGCCCGAUCAUCGGACGAUUGAGCAUGGAGUGUGCAGGCCUGUUGCGGUUGAUGCCGAUGGCUCUGGUAGCUCGCUCGCUUGGAAUGUGUCUGAGCCGGCACGGGGGGCUCUGGCACCCCAGGGUGUCGGCCGUCCUCGUCUGAACGUGAAUAAGCGACGAAGUACCCCCAACUUGUCACAGUGGUCUCAAUGGCAGAACGCCACAAGCCAAGGGCACAAAUGGCUGCCAUUCAAAUAUGUGCGAUAAAGGCGCGGAA